AUGUCAUCCUUGCCCCUCCCUUGUGUUAAAAGGGUGCAGCAGCCCCUGCUCAUCUCAUCUGCGCACAAAACCCUCCUGCUACGUUGCUCCAAGCCCGGACCUCCGCCGGACGGCAUAGCGAGUGGACUCCCGAGAAGAGGAAGUGGUAGAGAUAUGGGCAACUCGUGCAGUGGAUUCCCGAGCAAAGGAACUGGUAGAGAUGAUUCAGGCAACUCUUGCCUUACUGCUGAUUCCUCUCCUUUCCUUCUGGGAAAGGCACAUGAUCCAGCUUUCAAAUGGACGAUUUAUGGCUUCUCAGCUCUAUUUGAGAGGGAAGCUAUACCAGCCAGCUCCGCUUCUUUUGACUGCUGCGGGUACAAAUGGUCCCUGCAAGUGACCCUAAUGCAUAGAAAAUCUGGUACUAAAGUUCCAUAUGUAGCUCUUUGUCUUACUCUAAGCCAAAGCAGCUUGAAGCCUGGUUACCUCAUGCAUGCUUUAUUCGAGCUAUCUAUAUACAAUCACUCAAAUGGGUCAUAUUGUGGAUGCAAAGCUAGGUACGACUUCGAUGCCAAGAAGUUCUAUUCGAAGAAUGAAUGCUUGAUUACUGUUGAAGAACUACUGAAAUCAGCUGAUUUUCUGGUUGAUGAUAACUGUGUCUUUGGUGUGAGGAUAUUGCAAGCAGAUGUCUCUCCUCAAAACAACCUUGCUGUGGCUCCAGAUAAUACUAUUACUAUUCGGGAACUGUUUCUGCAGAAGAAGGAAUUUAUCAAAGGAAAUUACACCUGGAACGUGAACAACUUCCUUGCCUUGAAGGAGUCAGUCCUUUCUCCCGCAUUUGAAGCCUGUGGGCACAAAUGGCACAUCAAGAUGCAUCCACUCGGUGACCAGUACAGCACAGAUUCACUUUCCAUGUACCUGCAAAUGCAUGACCCGGCCGAGCUUUCUCAGGAAUCCGGGAAGAUGUUUGAAGUGACCCUGUCCAUCCUGAACCAAGAGCAAGGACAAAACUACAGCCGUCCAGGUCGCCUUGUGUUCAAUGGAAAUCUUGGAUGGGGCUGGUCAGACUUCAUUCCACUCAAGAUACUGAAGGACCCUUCCAAAGGCUACCUCGUGGCAUCAAAGUGGAGUGUGAAGGCGGACAUCACUUGCAUUGGGUCAACCAACGAUGUUCAGACACCACUUGUUGCAUCUCUCUUGAAGGACGAGAAGUAA